AUGUGGUGGUCGUGGGUUGAAGUUGUCCAAGUGCGAAAGUACGCCGUAGAGUGGGUUUCGAUUUUUGCCAGCUCGCUCCUCGAAAACCGACUUUGGUGCAAGGAACGGAACCACCAAGGGCUUUUGGUCCGGGCCGCCUCGCUGCACUCGAAAUAUUUUUUCACCAGCGGCGGUGGUGGUGUGCACCCAAUCAGGAGCCGCAGUGCAGAGCGUCCGGACCCACCCACGGGUGAAUUGUUAGGGUUGGCCAACCCUCCAACCGAAAGGCCUGGAGGGGUGGUUCUGGAGUGGCACCUCUUCCCGCAUCCUCAUACCAUUGAAAUUCCUACUCACGACGACCUAGGUGCCUUUGGUAUUCCGACCGACGACAUCACAAAUCAGACAAAAUGGUACGCCCGCGACGACGCCCCUCCCCGUGCGCCAGCUGCAGGAGCUAAGAAGCAAAAGAAGAAGGUUCGUCGCAAUCCGAGUGGCCCCCAUGUGUUCCGAGAAGAACUUGUCGAAAUAUAUCCCUCCGAUAUUGUGCCCUCGGAUGCCAAUGCAUCUCUACCAUCCACCGAUCAUCCGACUUAUUCAUCGUAUAGGUCCAAGGGAAAGGUCAAGGACAAGGCCCAGCACGCCGUCAUCCUCGACAAGGCCACCUCCGACAAGCUCUACAAGGAUGUUCAGUCUUACCGCCUGGUGACCGUCGCCGUCCUGGUCGACCGCCUCAAGAUCAACGGCUCCCUGGCCCGCAGAUGUCUUGCCGACCUCGAGGAGAAGGGCAUCAUUAAGCCCGUUGUCCAGCACAGCAAGAUGAAGAUCUACACCCGUGCCGUCGGUGGUACUGACUAA